CCCGCAGGGCCAUGAGGAGGCGGCGGCAGCCACUGCGGCCCGCGUCAAGGUGACCGGCCGGGACUGCGGCGGCGAGAGCGGGGACUUCUCCAGACAGGUAAUGCCACCGACAGAGGCUGCCCUGAAGCUCCCUGCAGCCUGGAGACUAUGUACAAGAGGAAUGGUCUGAUGGCUAGCGUGUUGGUCACCUCUGCCACUCCACAGGGCAGCAGCAGCUCAGACUCUCUGGAGGGCCAGAGCUGCGACUAUGCCAGUAAGAGCUACGACGCUGUUGUCUUCGAUGUCUUGAAAGUGACUCCUGAGGAAUUUGCUAGCCAGAUCACGCUCAUGGACAUACCCGUGUUUAAAGCCAUCCAGCCGGAGGAGCUAGCCAGCUGUGGGUGGAGUAAGAAGGAGAAACACAGUCUCGCCCCCAACGUUGUCGCCUUUACCAGGAGGUUUAACCAGGUCAGUUUUUGGGUUGUACGAGAGAUUCUAACAGCACAGACUUUAAAAAUAAGGGCAGAAAUCCUGAGCCAUUUUGUGAAAAUAGCCAAGAAACUUCUCGAACUCAACAACCUUCAUUCUCUCAUGUCUGUGGUGUCAGCAUUGCAAAGUGCACCUAUCUUCAGGCUGACAAAAACCUGGGCUCUUUUGAAUAGAAAAGACAAGACCACCUUUGAGAAAUUGGACUACCUGAUGUCUAAAGAAGAUAAUUACAAGCGGACUCGAGAAUAUAUUCGAAGCCUGAAGAUGGUCCCCAGUAUUCCCUACCUAGGGAUCUAUCUUCUGGAUUUAAUCUACAUUGAUUCUGCAUACCCUGCCUCAGGCAGCAUCAUGGAAAAUGAACAACGAUCCAAUCAGAUGAACAAUAUUCUCCGAAUAAUUGCUGAUUUACAAGUUUCCUGCAGCUAUGAUCACCUCACAACCCUGCCCCACGUGCAGAAGUACCUGAAGUCUGUUCGCUACAUCGAAGAGCUGCAGAAGUUUGUGGAAGAUGACAACUACAAGCUGUCGCUCAGGAUUGAACCGGGAAGCAGCUCUCCGAGACUCGUCUCCUCCAAGGAGGACCUCGCAGGCCCCUCCACUGGCACCAGUUCAGCGAGGUUCGGCCGGCGGCCCACCUGUCCUGACGCAUCUGUGGCUGGCAGCCUCCCGACACCCCCAGUCCCACGGCACAGAAAGAGCCACAGCCUGGGCAACAAUAUGAUGUGUCAGUUGAGUGUAGUUGAGAGUAAAAGUGCGACAUUCCCAUCGGAGAAAGCGAGGCACCUGCUGGACGACAGUGUCCUAGAGCCCCGCAGCCCCCGCAGGGGCCUCUCCCUCACCUCCUCCUCUGCGGUCACCAAUGGACUCUCCCUAGGCAGUAGUGAGAGCUCAGAGUUUAGUGAAGAGAUGUCUUCAGGGCUGGAAAGCAGGGGACGCCUCUAUGCCACGCUGGGGCCCAACUGGCGGGUUCCAGUCCGGAAUUCUCCCAGGACCCGGAGCUGCGUCUACAGCCCUACCGGCCCGUGCAUCUGCGCCCUGGGGAGCUCAGCAGCAGUGCCCACCAUGGAGGGGCCCCUGAGAAGGAAGACCUUGCUGAAGGAGGGCCGGAAGCCGGCGCUGUCCUCGUGGACCAGGUACUGGGUCACACUCUCGGGGUCCACCCUCCUGUACUACGGAGCCAAGUCCCUGCGGGGCACAGACCGAAAACACUAUAAAUCCACACCUGGCAAAAAGGUCUCUGUGGUGGGCUGGAUGGUGCAGCUGCCCGACGACCCGGAGCACCCGGACAUCUUCCAGCUGAAUAACCCCGACAAAGGCAAUGUUUACAAGUUCCAGGCUGGCUCCCGCUUCCACGCGAUCCUGUGGCACAAGCACUUGGACGAUGCGUGUAAAAGCAACAGGCCUCAGGAAUUGGCUGAAUCCUCCCAACAUUCCUGGGAGGUACCUGCAAACCUUAUGUCAUUUGAAUAAGUCUCUGCAAGACUUGGCGUGACUUCAAAGGCUUCUGGGAGCCCGGCCCGGGACUGGGGGUGAAGCGCAGGUCCCGGGCACAGGCUGUUGGCCAGGGUGCUGGGAGACUCACAGCUGGACUCCAGGGGACGUGGCCGGCGGCCUCGCCUUCCAGAGUGCUCUGCUGGCCUGGGCUCUACCUGGGUGCCGAUCCCCAGAGACCCUGCCCACACACCCGUUCUGCAGCGCCCCCUUCUGGGCUGUGGUUGGACCCCAGGCUGUACACCCCGCCCUCCCUCUCUGGGCCCCCGACCUUCCACCAGCUGCUGCUGCUUCUACUGGAGAGCGUCGGCCCAGCCAGGUCCUGAGUGCUUUCUCCUGCACAAAAGAGUGGACCGUGUGAACCUGCAUGAGGGGCCAGGGAGAAGGGACAGGCCGCGGAACUGGCUUUUUACACCCCAAGUGCGCGGGGUCACUCGCCCACGGGGCCGCCUCACAUUUUGUACACCCCCGAAGCGUCCUCUGCGUGUGCGUGCCGUGGAUGUGUGCGUGAGAGCCGGCGAGUGUGACCUCUUCGAGAAACAUGCAUUUUGGCACAAGACUUGUGACAUCACACACUUCAUCGGCUUGGAGUCCCCGCUUCAGCCUUCAGUGAUUGCCUCGGCCCCCGAGGAAGCUCAGAGCGGAGCCCGGACCCUUCUGGGCUGAGGGUCCCCUGCAUUCUUUCACUGUAAACAAACAAUGCCUUAAAUUGUGUCUCGUUUUCUGUUCCUAUGGGUGCUAUUCAUCUGGAAGGCCUGCUCCCCGGGCCCCCGGCUCCCUUCCGAGCCUUGUUGCAGUGGCUCUUCCGAGACAGGACCCGGCUUCAGGACUGGACUGGGCCGCUGGCCCGCGGCUUCCUCCGGCCGCCUCUCCAUCUCCCCGCCAUGGCAGAAUGGGAAGUCGUGCCCCUUCCUUCCCGCUUCCUCGGAAGCAGCUGGGAGGCACAGGCACACGUGACGGCCACACAGAAGCUUCUUUGCACCACCUCUCCCCGCAGGGCCAGGCUUUCGCUCCAUCAUCUCACCCCUUUGCCUCCACUGCCAGGGCAGGGCCCACUGGGAUUCCUGAUGAUGCUAGGGAGCUGAGUGACCCUGAGGCCUUAAGCUCCCCCAGUCUUGCCCCCAAACGCAGUCACCAGCAAGUUCUCCAUCAUCCGGGUCCAAGGGCACAAUUGUUGAUGACCGUGGUGAUGAGAGAGCAAAGGCCUGGGAAGUGGACAGCCCAAGCUCCACGUUCAGUGAAGAGCUCUUCACACAAGACAGAUGAAGGGCCUUUAUCUGUCAUUCUUUGUCCUAUUUUAAGUGACUUUUAUUUUGCACAAAUACAUUUUUAUUCAAAUUAAUGAAUAAAAAUUAGCUUUAUGGUAGCUUUAUCACCAUAGCUUUUCUCCCUCCCGCCCUCUCAUCUGGGCGUCCUAGUUCUGAAAAGAAAACCCUUAAAUGGUUUUCCAAAAGACACUGAAUUUCUGGGUCCUUACUGGGAUCAUUGUUUCAGAGCUCACUUGAUCAGAUCUCAAACUCCCCUUAAAAAUUUCUGGGCAAGAUGUCCAACCAACAUCUUAACCAGUCAACUGUAACAGGUCAAUUCAUGAAUGACCAAAGGCCCCAUCACUGUUUUUUUGAUCAAACGGUGACCGACUUUCUGAAAAUUGAAUGAAUUGUGAGGAUCUAGUUGUCAUACGGCCUUGUUUGGGGGUUGGGCCUCACUGGGCUCAGUAACUAACUACUUUGGAGUAAAGGCUAGAAUACUUCGGUGCCAAGAGAAACUCCAGAUGCAAAAGUCAAUGCUGUCAGACCUUGGCCCUAGAUGCUGAGCACGCCAGCUGCCCCCGGGGCUGGGACGCCUGCGCCUGACCCACACUGAGGACUCAGCUCUUAGCGUCUCGAGGCCGAGUGAGCCCAGCACACUGCAGCACCUUCCUGCUUUAACCGGCAUGGAAUCUAUCCACUCGCUUUUCAAGAGUCAAUUUGAAUGAAAAUGUGAAACUGGAGCAUCAGUGACUUAUUUCCCUUGGGUUUCCCUCUCUUCAAGCUGGCCUGGUUUUGCUCACGUCAAGUAUUUCAGAUGCCAACCCCCGAACCUCAGAGUGGCAGGCUCUGGACUCUCAGCUUGUUUUCUUCCCUUUACAAGAUGCCCCUUACCUUUCACAAAUAUUUUCCUCUGAGCCUAAUUUUGAAAUAGCACAACCACAAUUCUUUGCAAAGUGUUUAGUCUGCUCACUAAUUGACACUAAUUGAGGGGAUCCCACAUCCCCUCCAGGAAGCAUUCUUAACUUGGACUCUUGAGGAAUCUCUUUAGACUUUGUUGGCAAAGCCUCAUGGUAGUGGUAAGAACAUGGAACAUACCAGAAGGGUCCUGGAGAUGAGCCGAAGGACAGCCACCUCCACAGCGUGGGAGUCAAGGGCUGCUGACCUCCCCAGCACGUUGGUGUGUCCUGCAGGCUGCAGGGGAGGGGCAGUGGGGAACAGGUAUAGCCCCCCGAGGGGGGAAGCCUGUGGCUGGAUUCUCACCCUGGAGGAAAGCGUUUCUGGUUCACGCUCCUUGAUUGUCCACAGACCGCAAGUGUUCAUGAAAUCUGGAGGUGACACAUCUUGCAUGCAUAUGCUGUAUCUUUUUUUUUAAGCAAACAGAUCAUGGCACCCCAAAAUGAAAAUUCUAGAGUGUUGUCUGCAAACCAUGGAGUAGGCAGCCGGUCUCUCUCUGGUUCCCCAAAACUGCCCACUACUCCCUGGAAAUAAUUUUUGCCUCUCUAAGUUGGACAUGUUUUGUGACUCAAAGUCAACCGGUGCAUCCUGACAACUGAAAUCCUUCGUGGAGGACUGAUUUGGUGCCAAGCAAGAAAUACUGUUCUGAGUGUCCCCAGUGACAGCGCAUGGCCUCCCUUCCCUCCUGGAGGAAGCCCAUUCAUCGCCACUGUGGCACCUAAAGAAGAAGAUACUUGAAGGGUUUCCGCUUAGGAAAGAACCCACUCUCCCUUGCCAACUGAAUUUAGAAAGCAUUUUUUCUUCUUACCAAGAUGGCCAGUGUUUCUUUCAUUAUCUCCCUCCCACCUCCUGGGCCCAAUAAGUGUAUCUAUUAGGGUGCUGAUUUACAGGUGGAAAAUGGUCCGUGCAAGCGGGGAGCCAUUAGCAAGCAGGGUCUGCUUUCACUCACAAGGGGAGCUCAGAGCCCUGCACUCACAUUACUGACGCUUGUAACCAGGUGACCGUUGCUCAAAACACAACCUUCUUUUUUUGUGAGUUCCUAAAUGACUUUAAUCAGCCCCACAUCUUCCUGACAUAAUGGGUGAUUUCAUGUUUAAAAAAGAAAAACAACUACAGGCGUCCCUUUGAAACAACAGUCCUCUACAUACAUCCACCCACGCACACAUUCAUAAACACCUCUCUUGAGUGUUUCCUAAGUGCCAGGCUGUGCCCGGGACGUAAAUGACCAAGAACAAGACAGACCUGAUCCCUGCCCUUGUAGAGCUGGCCACUCAACAAGCAGAUCCUCUCGCCACGCCAUCUCUAGCACUGGGUAGUACCCUGUGCAGAUUCCUCCAGAAAGGCUUCAAAAGACUCAACAGACUGCACAGCCUCGAUCUGUGAGUUCAGCUUUGGUGACAACUAGAUGGAGUGACAGUCCCAGUGGCUGGAUGUCACAGGACAACCAGGCAGCGCCAAGGCCAGGCACACUGAGGACACCAAGGUGGAAAGAGGAAGGAGGGCCGAAUGUUCACAGUAUUUACCUCCGAGAUUUCUUUGGUUUUAAUUUCAGUGUUAAACACAAGAACAGCAUGAGUGCGAGCUGCAUUUCCUUGGGUGUCGAAACUUGGACCGUGAACCAGCUGGCAGCUCUGUGCUGCACAAGCACCUGUAUUCGGGGCCACCCCAACCCCUGCUCUCUGCAGCAACAUGAUGGAUCAUCUGUCCAUUCUAUAACCAUUCAUCUCUUUAUCCACUUCUGAACAACUGUGGCCAUUCAGUAACGAAACAAUAGUAAUUAAUUUAUUAGUGUGGUGUAAUCUUUAAUCAAUUUCGUGCCAAAAUGCAUGGUUUUCCACUUAGCAUUCAGAAUGUUGCAUAGAGAGUAGUUUUCAAUUUCUUAUGUAUUCUCCAAAGUAAGUUGGAAAUCAGUUUCUACGUUUUAAUCUGUUUCUUGUUGAAUCUGUUGCACUCUCCUGGGCUGUCUUUUUUUUUUUUUUUUUUUUCUUUUCCCAGCCGACCCCUGCAUGCAGUUGUGUAAGGACUCUCUCUAAUUCUUGUGGAUUGUCUCACCUGCAAUAACCACUGAACAUCAGCCCUCCAUGGGAUUAUUUAGAUUUUUUUGGUGAAGUAUUUUGUUACCUCAGUCUUGUAUCAAGUUGCUGUAUUUUUCAGCUUGUUACACUGAUAAUUGUUUCACUAAUUAAAUACUUUAAUGUACAAACAUCUUUGUUUACUUUGAAAUUAAAUGUGUUU